AUAUUUCCUCAAAACUACAAUAUAUUAAGUAUAUUUUAUGAACUAGACUAAAAAACAUGCUAAAGUAUCGUCGACAGCUUGAGUGCAGACGGACUACAUUUCCCAUAAUCCUUAGCCAAACAUGGGAUCACGUGUUUCCGCUUGGAACCCGGCGACACGGAAGCGGGCACGUUUAUUUUUCCAUUUCACUGGUUGCUUGUGGGUAUCACCAUGGACCUUGUAUCUGGAGUUGGAGGAAGAACAUUUCAUAUAUUUUGUGCUAGCGUUGGAUUACUGCUGCUCUACCGCUUAAUUCUGCGCCUCAGAUCUGGGACUUCUCUCCAAGAUGCUGUGGUGGUCAUCACUGGCGCCAGUUCAGGGCUAGGAAAAGAAUGUGCACAGGUGUUUCAUUCUGCAGGUGCAUGUCUUGUGUUGUGUGGGAGAGAUGCGUCCCGUUUGCAGCAGGUUAUACAGGAACUGACAUCCAGCUCACCACAAAAGCAGAUGAAGGUGAUGAGUUUCACACACCCUCCCAAAAUUGUCGUGUUUGAUUUAGCUGACUCAAACACCGUGGGCAGAGCCGCAGAUGAGAUCCUCGCCUGUUACGGACACGUAGACGUUCUUAUAAACAACGCCGGCAUCAGCUACCGUGGCAACAUUCUGGACACUCAACUAUCUGUUCAGCGGGAUGUCAUGGAAACUAAUUACUUCGGGCCGGUCGCUCUCACUCAAGCUCUUCUGCCCUCGAUGGUCCAGCGUCGCAGUGGCCAUAUCGUGGUCAUCAGCAGUGUUCAAGGCAAGAUAGCCAUUCCGUACAGAUCUGCUUAUGCAGCCUCAAAGCACGCCACACAGGCUUACUUUGACUGCCUACGAGCUGAAAUCGACCAGUAUGGGAUCCCUGUUACUGUGAUUAGUCCUGGGUACAUAAGGACCAAUUUAUCAAUCAAUGCUGUCACGGGAGAUGGGACCAAACAUGGAGUGUUGGACAAGACCACUGCCGCAGGUUGGGAGCCCAGAGACGUGGCACAGGCUGUGUUGAGAGCGGUCAGUCUUAAAAGCAAAGACGUCAUACUGGCUGGACCCACCCCUACUCUCGCCAUUUAUCUACGGACGCUGUGGCCAGCCCUCUUCUUUAAAAUCAUGUCCUCUCGAGCUCGCAAAGAACAAAAGAGUACGCACAAAAAUGAGUGAAAGUGGACACAAUGCUAAAGUGUAAUGUAAGAUUUACCUAGAGCUUGAUGUAAAAAAUUUUUUUGCUGCUUUUGUUAUGGCGUUCACAAUUUAAUGUGAUGUGUGGUGUCAUAAUUUCAGUUGGAGGGCAGAGUCCUUUUGAAAUGUUGUUAAAAUGUUGUAACCUCUUCAACAACAUACCUGUAGCGCUGUUUUUUCAUUCAAAAGUUUGAGUAAUCUUUUAAUAUCAGUCUGUCCACAUCUCUAAAGCUCAAAAUGCUCUGUUCCACCUUGUGAUGUCAUGAAGCACUAGUUUUCAAGUUCCACAGCUACCUUUUACUUUUUGUUUAUUAGACUGGCACUUCCAGAGCUGAAAAUAUCCAAAUUAUUCCUGUAUAACUGCAUCGCAUGAACUCUGCCUAAAUAAACAGGGUUUGUAUUCAAUGUGUGAAUGAAACAAAACACAACUCUGGGUUUGUUUCUGAAGAUGAAAUAACACUGAAUAAUAUGGGCCCUUUAAUAUUUCAAUAACUCUGUGGGGCAUUUUUAGAAAAUCUAUCUAGGCCAACAUUGAACCCAUUUGCAUUUUUGUUUGGGAUUGGAUUCAUACGUUUACAAUAGUAAAUAUAGUUUAUUUUUGCUAAUAGAGAAGGCAUUAAACUUUGUGCCAGUUUUUGUUUCAUGUGGAUCGGCCCAGUAUUUAUAGAUAUGAAUCAUGAGCUAGAACGAGUUUCGAACUCAAAUUCACAGAGGGCCGAAAUUAAAAACUGGGACUAAGUCGUGGGCCAAACUAAAUAUUUAUUGAAAAAUUCUGCAUGUUUUCUUUUUCAAGAUAUGUAAUGUUAAACCUUUUUCUCAUUAAAAUAAAUGUUUAGUAAUAGCUUUGCUUAAACACAGAAUCCAGAACAAGCAUAAUAUAAUAACAAAAUUUUAAAUGAAUAAUGUCUCUAGAGCCUAUCUGUAGCCGGAGGACAGGCUCCAAUAAAUAUCUGAUAUGAUCUCACAGGUCAAAUAUAAUUAUAUCGUGGGCCUGAGUUUGACAUGUCUGAGCUGGAAUAUCUGCAUUUUGACAGGCAAAUUCUAUCAGAGAUUCUGCCCUCAUCAUCUUUAAACUAUGGGUGUUACUGAAAGUUGAAAGACUGGAUAAGGCUGAAAGUUGAAAGACAGUUAUGACCUGAAACUCAGUGAUUUCACCAACAAGAAUGUUACUGUAAGCAUAUCCUUUUGAAUGUGUCUUAGUAAAUGUUUUAUCUUUAUUUUAUACAUGUCUGGCCAUGCUAAAUUACAUAACAAUAUGCCAGACGGCCAUCCUUAACCUCUAUUAAAUAUGUAACGAGCCAUCGGGGUUAAUGAAUUACAAUUAGUGCCAGCCAGAAAAUGGAAAUCUUCCUGCAUUUGCAUGGUAGUUUGUGUAAUAGUCAAAUCUUGAGGACUUCAUUUCAUUGUGGUUUAUCCAGGACUAGCUUUUGAAUAAAUUUGUCUUUGUUUUAUUUAUUUAAAUGUGUAAUAAAUCUUUAAGCCAUGUAAGACACAA